AUGUCAUCAUCCUACAAGACGAAGCUGGAUCGAAAGCUAAACAGUUACACACCACUUGAACCCACGGACAAAACCAGAGACUUCCUCCGUGACUUUUUCGAAGUCCUUCCUCCUGACGGAAGGCAAAAUCUGGCGGAGGAAGUUUCAGAAUGCGCAGAUAAGAAGCUUCGGCAACUAUUCCAAAGCAUCAGAACCGGUUUAUUGAUUCCUUUGAAAGCACAGGGUGGCAAAACACCCGCUGAAUUGACUCCUGAAGAACCAAGCGGAUAUCUCAAGUGCCUAGACACAAGCUCUCAGUCGCAACUCCCACACAACUUUUUAGAAAGAGAUGGCAACAAAUGUGUUGCAACGGGGCAUUACCGUCACCGUCACGCUCCUCCACCGAACGCGAUGACGAACUAUAUUGAAGCAGCCCACAUUAUUCUGGGAUCUAAAAUCAAGGCGAGGUGUGGGCGAGGUAGUGAAAGACAGAGAUGCAAACAUUUGGGUUAA